CCCGCGCAUAGUGGGAGCUUAGUGCAUCGGGCUGCCCUUUUCUUCUUUUCUGGUCUGUUGAUCAUUCAACUCUGCCAAAGUUUCCAUUGGCAUUGUUUCCAACUCAGGCCUAUCAUUGCUAGAAAGAUGUCCCAUAAUUGUGCAGUCAUUUUGCAAUUUAGAAACAGAUGGCAAUCUCAAAAUUUUCCACACAAAUGGCCAUUAGAACACAGUGACAUUCCCCUCCUCUUCAGAUUUUCUUGAGUUAAACAAGCCUCCUUUGCUACCGGCCAAAGAAAGCAUGCCACUUUGUAUGGAACGUUUACCUUCCAUAUGUGCUUCCACAGCCGCUGUUCAAACUAUUAAGUACAGUUUCUAAUGUAGAGGAUUCUAACUAGUGAAAUGGAGGUGCUCUCCGCGCUAACUUACAAUCAUUUCCGUAGACUGUUAUGUUCACUGUAGUUUGGCUCGACGUCCAGGAAGGCAAACCUUCAUUUUUGUCAUUGUCUUCUUCUGCCUUUCUCUUGGUAGAAUCAAAUCAAUCUAUAGCUUGACCGUCCUGGAAGCUGAGAAUUGGUCCAGAUACAAUAUACCUCUUCAUUUAAUGAGCUUACGCAAUAGACCUUUGUUGUCCGUCCCUUCCCAGACCCCGCGCAUAGCGAGAGCUUAGUGCACCGGGAUUGCCCUUUUUUACACAUUUACCAUGUUAUCUUAGCUUUGAGGUUGCUUAUAAUGAAUAUCAUCCUCUUUACUCAAGACAUUUGACAGAAAAUAUAUAGUAUAUGGAAUGCUUAUAACUAAGUAUGGUAUGUGCAUAAACAGUCAGUAAUCCUUGCAUAUUAAUUAAAAAGAUAUAUGUCGUAUAUUCACAGGUUCAAUAAGUUUUUUCCAGAUUAGUUGAUAACAGAAUAUCUGCCCUUCCGGAUAGGAGUAAGGCUGCGUACAUUCUACCAUCUUCAGACCCCACUUGUGGGAUUGCACUGGCUUGUUGUUGUUGUGGAUAAUAGAAUACCUUUACAGUUCACUAGAAAAUGACCUGUAAUUGAUAUACAUACCAACUUCCCUUUGUUUCAUGGAAAUAUGAUGUGAGCCAAAAUACUUACCUUCAGCUUCAGAAGGAAGAUACAUGCUUAUUAGACUGCUUAAAAUAGACAAAAUGAAGCAGAAAAAUCUCUUAGAUUAAGAGUCAACAAGUCAAGUCUUUACAUUAUAGUCAAUGAGGAAGAAAAGUGGAAAAUUCUUCCAUCUUGUCCCUCACUUGAUUCUUGUUUGCUUUCCUCAAAGUCUUUGUAAAAAAAUUCCAAGUCAACUGAUAGAAAAAUUAAACCAGAUAACUAGGUUAAUAUUGCAGAAGAAACCAUUAACAUCCUUCUUUUCUUGUUUUCUUGCUUUUUGAGACCAUAUAGGAGUAGAUAGUAUGGCUUCUACUUUCUUGUUUUUGUGUUGUUUACUGAUCUUUAACCUAUCUCAACUACAAGGUAACUCCAAAUCCAACUGCACCGAGGAAUUCGAGUGCGGAAAUCUUGGAGUUAUGAAGUUUCCUUUCACAAAUUCUAGCAACCCCGAGUGCGGAUUAUACAAGUUUGAUUGUCAGGCUAAACCAUAUCCAAAGAUUGAAUUUGGUAAACACAAGUAUGAUGCUUUAGUGAAGAAGAGUGAUUUUUUCCUUCUUUCAGAUCCUGAGUUUCAGAACUACUUAGAAAAAAAUAGUUGCAAGUCUUUUGACAAAAAAUUCUUAUUUCCAAACUCCCCUUUGAUUUCUUUCCAAAUUAUUCCUAACUUAACUUUGUACAGAUGCAACCAUAGUCAGGACAUCAUGCAAAAGAAAACUGAUGCCCUUUUUCAUGAUUUUGAGAAAUACAGUGAGUGUAAAGAUUUCAAUGUCUAUUAUCAUCAUCCCAUUAAAACAUUGGGAAAUUCUAGUCAUAAGAUAAGUGGCAAACUUCCAGAUCACUGUUCAAUUGUACAAUUGCCAAUUCCUUUGCCUACACCAUCAAAACCAUAUGCUAGUAACUUGUUUGAACUGUUGACUUCUAAUAUUCUUCUAGAAUGGGAGUUGUCUAAAGAUUGUCAUCACUGUCUUGACAAAGGAGGGAAAUGCCUGAUCGGUCGCGAACACAAAUUUCAUUGUUCCAAAGGAAAAAGAGGAAAAAGUAAGCUGAGAAUGCUUCUGGCUGCAGUUUUUGGUGGAGUAGGUUUGAUCCUAGUAUCUUCCAUUAUCAUCCUCUCUAUCUGGCGUCGCAAGAGAGGGAGGAAUGGUUCUACACAAUUUCGUCGGGAGCUUGAGGUAGAGAGCAGAUAUUUUGGAUUUCAGGUUCCAGUUUUUUCCUAUGCUGAACUUAAAGAAGCCACCAACAAUUUUGAUCCCUCUAAUGAGCUUGGAGAUGGAGGUUUUGGAACUGUAUAUUAUGGAAAACUAUAUGAUGGAAGAGAAGUUGCAGUAAAAUGCCUAUAUGAGCACAACUGCAAGAGAAUGCAACAGUUCAUAAAUGAAAUCGAAAUCCUUACUCGUUUGAGGCACCAAAAUCUUGUGUCUCUUUAUGGCUGCACAUCAAGACGAAGCCGUGAACUUCUCCUUGUUUAUGAAUACAUUCCUAAUGGAACAGUUGCUGAUCAUCUCAACGGUGAAGGAGCAGAAGAGGGAUUGCUCACGUGGCCAAUCCGUAUGAGUAUUGCAGUAGAAACAGCCAGUGCAUUGGCCUACCUCCAUGCUUCUGAUGUGAUACAUCGCGAUGUCAAGACUAAUAACAUUCUUCUUGACGAUAACUUUCGUGUCAAAGUUGCAGAUUUUGGGCUGUCAAGACUUUUUCCUAACGACGUUUCUCACAUAUCCACUGCUCCUCAAGGGACACCAGGAUACGUCGAUCCUGAGUAUCAUGAAUGUUAUCAACUUACUGACAAAAGUGACGUUUAUAGUUUCGGGGUUGUCCUUAUCGAGCUGAUAUCAUCAAUGCCAGCUGUGGACAUAACUAGGCAUAAGCAUGAGAUCAAUUUGGCUAACUUGGCGAUAAACAGGAUACAAAGAUGUGCAUUUAAUGAACUGAUUGAUCCAUCUCUCGGGUUUACAUCAGAUACACUUGUUAAGAGAAUGACUAUCUCUGUCGCAAAGCUAGCUUUUCGAUGCUUGCAACUUGAGAAAGAUAUCAGGCCAACAAUGGAUGAAGUAUUGGACAUUUUGAGAAAUAUUCAGAGUGGAAAAUUCCAAAAUGAGAAGACAUUUGAGACUAGUGCCAGUUUUAACUUAAUCAAGUCUAAGAGUGUUAAUAUCCCUCCUUUUUCGCCUGAAUCAGAUGAAGUUGCACUGCUCAAGAAAGUUAAGUUCUUAAGUCCAUCAGUUACUAAUAGUGAGAUAUGGAUUAGUGGCUCUACUACAACCAGCACAAGUGAGUGAGUAACUUAAGAAUUUACAAAAGAAUGUAUUUUCAGACUUCAGAAUCUACUAUAGGUAAUGUACAUAUAAUAAAAAGGUUAUGCAUCUUUUGCUUUUCAA